CCAUAUUUGUUCGACUCACUUCACGCUAAAACAGUGGAGCGACGCGCUGGCGGUGAUGAAUUUUUCCCGCGAGAUGUGCUCAACGAUCUAACUUUCAUUUUGAGCGAAAAAUAAAAACAUUUUAAUGUGUCAUUAAGCAGUGCUCGUUUACAGUAAUGCAGCGUUGAGCAGAAGGUCAGUGUAACGUUUAUUAACACACGUUUAGUCAGUAGCAUGGACCGAGAGUGUGUGACAGUCCUGCCGCGGGUGUGUGAGGUGCUAGCAGCCUCAGGAAGCUCUCUGCCCGAUGAUACCAGUCUGGAGAAACUCCUGGACUGGUUCACAGCGCUCACCAAGGAUGGAGUCUCUCUGCUGGAGGCCUUCCCCUGUCUGCUUGAUUUCAUACCGACCGUAGUUAACAACAGCCCUGCCUCAGAUGCCAGCAUCCUCUCCUUCACGCUGAAACUCACCGGCCUAAUCUCAGCUACUGAGAAUGGCUUUAAAGUUCUUCAGGAGCACUCUUUGUGUGACCUGGUGUUUGACCCUCAACGCUGGCAGGAGGCUGGGCUCUGGAAGGAUCCUUGUAUACGGAUAGGUUGGAUCCAAGGCUUAAGGACGAUGCUGCAGCAUUCAAAAGCUCUUGGCUUCUUUGUGCAAGCAGAUUUGAUUGAACCACUCCUACACCUUCACACAGACACAAGCCUAUUUGUUGCUUCGGCUGCUAAUCACAUGCUCGCUCACAUCUUGCUCUUCUGUCAGUCUGAAAACUCCCAAAACAACUCAAAACACCUGACUGUUCCCGUGGAAACCAAACAGAAUUACAGCACUGUUACCGUGAAGCUUUGCGAGUAUCUCAAGAAGUCACUAGUUCUCGACGGAACUUCAGCACUGUUUCAGAGUCAUCAGGCUCUCAAAGUGCUCGCCCUGCUCCUGAGCCGGGCCGGGCCAGAUCUGAGGGACCGACUGCUGCUGACGGUCUCAGACUCUCUGGAGGAACUGGUGACGACCAACUGCAGCCAGCUCACUCGGUCUCUGAUGGAUGUUGUUCAGGCUGCACACAGCAGCAGUAAAAGUGAGCAUCAUGCCUUGAACCAGCGUGUUGAUCGCCUUUUGUCCAUCAUGUUGAACACGGGGAAACCUGCGGACCUCUCUUACACUGCAGCUGCUUUUCUCCGCAGCGGGCAUGAUGACUGUGUCCAUAAAGCUCAAGCUGCUAGAGUUCUGCUGCUUCCUCUUGACAUCAUUACUGGACUCAGUCUGUUGGGACAAAACAGCACAGCAGACAAGCUUCGCCUUCCAAUGAUGGAGUAUCUCAAGAGUAAAUCUUCCUGCAUCUCCAUGAUUUGUGCCAGUCUAGCAAACACUCCACAGAUCACACUCAUGGAUCCCGACUGCCUCCCCUGUCCACCAGUUUUAAUUGUAUCUGCAGUUUUGUCAUUAUUGAGGCUCUGCAAUGGAGACGGCUCCUCGUCCAGUGGCUGUGCUGAAGCUGGCAGGAACCUUAUAGGCAGCGGAAAAGUUCAGAAAUGUGCUCUUGAUGUUCUGUCGGUCCUCAGCAACAGCUCAGGAGGGAAAGUCCUGCUGGCGGAGGUGUUCACACUUCUCAUGCAGUAUCUGAACAGUCCUGCUUCUGAGCCCACUGUCCUCCAGAAGUCGUACCGAACUCUGAUGAAGUGGAUUAGUGCGUGUGCGGAUCUCUCCUCGAUAACAGACCAGCUCAGAAAAGAUCUCAUCCAGGUGGUGGGAAAGCGUGUGUGUGAUGUGCGUUGGGAGGUGAGAGACUCGACCGUGGAGUUUCUGGGACACCUAGCAGGGCUGUGUGACACGUCUGAGGUUCUGCUGGGCGACCGCUGCUUUACCGUUUCUCUCCUCAAGGAGGCACUGCAGGAUCCAGAGAGCUACGUGAGAGCCAGCUCCAUCUCUGCUCUGGCCCAGACACUGGCACCCAGCUGGCAGCAGGGGGCAGCACCCACACAGGAGCAGGUUGAACUUGUGAGUCGGCUGCAUGAAAUCCUCUCCCAGGACACGGAGGGAUUCUCUAGGAGGGCUGUCCUUCAGUACUUUAUCACCUGGUUCUCCUUGUGCCCCUCGCCCACCUCCUGCUCACUUCUCAUGCAGUCCAUGCAUGCUGUCCUCUCACAAGGCAGUGCUGAUCUAGACUGGGAGGUCAAAGUUCACACUCUGGAGCUGGCUGAGCUGCUGAUGGACCGAGUCAUCUCAGGUCUUCGUGGUUACUCAAAUGAGCCAGGAGCUCAUCCUCAUCCCUACGCCGUGACGUCUAACAAAGUCUUCAAGCUUCAGUUGCACUCUGAGGCACACACAUGGGACGGGGAGUCAGAUUUAGUCGGUGUUUUGAGCACUUUGGUUGAUCAGGGAGUCUUCUUGGUGCUGCUGGGUGGUCUCGUUGACUGUGACAGGCCUGUUGGACUGAAGGCCUGUCAGCUGCUCAUGAGACUCAGAGACUCCGUCUGUCCUCUGUUACUAGGAGACCAAAGGGUCUCUGCACCAGACGAGCCCGGAGUGUCCUGUGAGCUGCCUGGAUGUGGCUGGGCCCAGGAGGUCCGGAAAAUACUGGGAAUCGAGGAUGCGGACCCUGCUCAGAAAUCUGAUGUUGUUGAUCCUGGAGAUGACCGUAAACCUGAGCAGGGAGGUGUGCGUGAUGAAGGUUGCAUGGUGCGUGUAAGUGUGUGUGAGGUGCUGAGGUCUCUGGGUUUAGACGCGAGGCUGAGUGUUCUGACGCAAAGCAGCGACCACGUACAUAACUCCCCCAUGUCUCUGCUGCAGGACAUUCUCACUGCAGGCAGCAGAAACACCCAGCUGAACUCAGAACCAGGGCUAGAGGUCAUAGUGGACUGUUACUGACACACACACACACACACACACACACACACACACACACACACACACACACAUGGGUGGGAACAAGAGUCGUUCAUACAUGUUUUCUUCACCUGUGAGGACGUUUUAAUGUUGUGGCUGAUUUAUUUUAGAUCAGUCUUUAAUCAAAUUUAGUAAAAAGUGUCACUGAUGAGUGGCUGAGUAGAAUUAAAAGAUUAAUUAUUACACAACAUGAAAGUAGUUGAGUGCUCCAGGCUGUUUUUAGCAGAGAGCAGAGAAGGUUCUGGUCCGAGACCCGAGUUGACCCUUUUGAUUUUGAUUGAAUUCAGUAUAAAAUUUGCAUUUAGUCAGUUGAAGGUUUCAUUUUAUAUAUAUGUAUAUAUAUUUUUUUCACCCUUCUGACAUUUAUUUUUUCUUUUGAAAAAAAAGAUUUCCUCAUCACCAAUAUGCCUCAAAAAGAAAAUAAACCGGAAAACCACAUUUAAAAUGACAUUUUCAUUGAGAAUUUACACGCAAACAUGUACACUUCUGGAAUAACCACCAUCACUGUCACAUGACCAAACUAUCGCGCACCAUCACCCCCCUCCCCUUCUGAAACUGAUACACAAAUGGCUACUAGGUGGAGGAAAAUAUUGUUUGCUAACACCGGCCCAGUUUUAGACCGAUACCGACUAGCACAGGCCGAUGUUGAUGCGGAUGCAUCGUGCAUCUCUAAUAAUAAAUAUAUUCAUAAAGAAUGGACCAAAGUAACUGCAUCAUUUCCUAACAUAAGACAGUCCUAAUUAAAACUCAGUAACUGACCUACGAUAUAGAUUAGUUUAAAAAUUCUGCUUUUUUUAUAGGAGUAAAAUCAACUGUGAUGGUAAAUGUAGACAGGACGUCAAAGUGGCCUUAAAAUCGACCGAAUCAGUAGAAGUUUGGAACAGGAAAUGUGUUUGAAUGAGAUAAAGUCCAUCCAGUCAGUGGAGCUUGUUGCUGCUGACUCCCAUCCACACAUCAGGACAGGAAAUGUGACAGAACAGCCAUUGAUUAUUGAUUUAAACAGAGAGGAUUCUCUUCUGACAGCCAUGUUUUCAGAGUCAUGAUGUAAAAACUCAAAUAAAUCCCAGUUGAUACUAA